AGUUUGUACGCGGAACUUUCCAUACCGUAGUUCUCAGACGUUCUUACGAUUUGACAAUUGUAAUGUUGAAAAGUUUACGGUGUUUCGAUUCGACAGUUGAAAGAUGUUUGCAGUUAAAAUAUGAAUGAAAAUUUUUAUUCUCUUCCUGUUUUGCUCUUUUUUUUUUUUUUUGUUUUUUGUAUGGAGGCGUUCCGCAUGCUCAAUUCAUAAAUUGUUUUAAAUUUUGUGUAGGAAAAAUUUUAAAUAAUUAAUAAAAUGCGUAGAUUUCGACCCACAAAUCAAAGAGAGGAUAAAAACUGGGGGUUUUUCGAACGUUUUCGUCUGCUUCGUUCAUCUGAUGAAGUUGACAAAACUGAAGAUGGUAUCCCUCUGGAUAAUGUCGCUACUGCUGCUGCUGCUGGUGGUGAUGCAUCUGCAGAUUUUAGUGAUGAAAAGCCACCUGUUAAGCGACAACAGAGUUUUGCUGUUUCUGAAACAUUUGGAGAUGAUGUAACAAGAAGAUUUUUUGCUACAGAAGGUGUUUUAUGUUUUUGGAAGAAUUUUUGCUAUGAAGAUCAUGAACGUCCGUUUUUACGAGCUUCUCAUGAUGCCAAUAUGGAAUAUGUUGCCAGUGUACUUCACAGGGAAUGGAAAAUUAAAAGCCCACGUAUUGUUCUUGUUGUUGUGUCCAAUGUUGCUCCUUUGCAUACCUGGAAAAAUAAACGUCAGUUGGAACAUUUGCAAGCUGGUCUUAUUAAAGCAGCCAACACGACAGAAAUGUGGAUAUUCACUCAGGGUACCAAUACUGGCAUUACAAAAAUUAUUGGUGAUGCAGUUCAUAAUGAGCUUCUGAGGAGACAAGCUCUGUUGUGUCAUAAACAUCCAAAUCAAUCAGGGCCAGCUUUGCCUCCCUUAACACUAGUAGGUGUUACUAGAGAGGACAUGAUUGUGUAUGGUGAUAUGUUAGAUGGGCGAGCCCAAAGAGUUGAAAUUGAAAAUGAGGGUAACCAUCCUGAAGAAAAUAAAUAUGAGUUAAAUCCAGAUCAUUCCCAUUUCAUUAUUGUGAGAGACAACACAAUAAAUAAAACUGGCAUAAAUCAUUUUAUACUAAAAUUGGAACAAUACUUAUCUUCAGCUGAUUCUAUUCAAUGUGAUAUUGAUGCUAUUACACCUCGACGACAUGCAGAUGUUUGUUCAUUAUCAAUAAAUGAGAUCCCAGUAGUUGCUUUGCUUAUUCAAGGAGGAUAUGAAUGUGCACGUCUUAUUUUAGAGCAUCUAAAGAAGCAUCUUCCAGUUGUUGUUGUUCGUGGUAGUGGGGGAUUAGCAGACCUGUUAGCAUAUGCAUAUUAUGAAAUUUCUGAAAGACCUAGGGGCAUAUAUGAUGCUGAGUAUGUGGAAAAUUCUUUAAAACCAGAGUUAUCUAGCAAAAUUGCUCAUCAUUUUUCAAAGCUCAGAGAAAACAACUUAGCAAGGAACCUAUUUCGUGAUAGAAUUAUAGAAUGUGUCCGAUAUGCACAUCAGAAUGGUCAAGUGUAUCUUACAGUAUUAAAUUUGCACAGUCAUACAUGCAAUAUGGAGGAUUUAGAUGAGCAUAUUUUGCGUGCCCUUUUUAAAUCACAGAGACCAGAUACUACAAAUUGGCAUGCUCAGAUGCAGAAAGAUCUUCAUUUAACUUUAGAUUGGAAUAGUCCUCAUGUAGCAAUGUCUGAAGUAUUCUUUAAAGAUCCCUCAAACAAAUUCAAAGUGGACAAAGCAGUCUUUGAGCAAGCUUUAACGAGACCAAACAGAGAAGAUUUUGUGGACUUGUUCCUGAAUCAAGGCUUUCAGGUUCAUAAGUAUCUAACUCCAAAAAGAUUAAGGUUCCUUUUCAUAAAGGCUCAAAAACAAGAGUUCUUUCGUUCAGUGUGCUGGGAAGGAGUUCUUGGACAUGGAUUGACUUCAAAGUACUGUAAAAAUUUUAUCGACUCGGAUAUAAACCUCUUGAUAGAGAUGUGCACCGGCAUUCACAAUUUUGUCAACACCCAGGAAAUGUCUGUCAAUGCAAUGGGUAUGUAUACCAGUGAUCCCUCCUCAGCUGAGCGUAAAUCUUUGAGUAUAUUAAUUCUGUGGGCUGUCUUCACAAACCGUUCCAAACUGGCUAAGAUACUGUGGCGCCAUUCUGAACAACCAAUUCACAUUGCUUUGAUUGUAUCUAUGAUUUAUGAACAUUUGGAAGGUUAUGUGACAGAUUCGAACCUACGGCAAGAGUUACAAUCCCUUAGCAGAGAAUUUUCAGAAAUGGCUGCUGGAGUACUUGAUGCAAGUUAUCAAGAGUCUUCUUGUCGAGCUUAUGAUGUUUUAAGUGAAGAAAGUUCAGAGUGGUCAUAUAAAACAGCUGUUGAUAUUGCAGCUAAUGCAAAAAACCGUACAUUUUUAUCUCAUCCUUGCUGCCAAAAAUGGCUGUCCAAUUUGUUUCUGGGAAAUAUCAGAAUUAGAGAUGUAACAUGGGGAGUUAUUACUUUUCCACAGUGGGUAAAGAUAGUGUUGUGUGCUUUUUUGAUUUUCCCAAUGUACAUUUGGAUCCGUUUUAAAACAGAGGCUAUUCAUUCAUGGGAUUUGAAUGUUACAUCAGAUAUUGAGUCUGAUGAGGAAAAAGAUGAGAGAGAUGGAGAGGAUGAAAUACUUAUACAUGAAACAAUUCAUGAUAAAGAAGUGGAUUUUGCUCAGCCUAGAAACAGUGUAGUUUUGCUGAAAAAACAGAAGUCAAAUCCUUUUGACUUUGGCCAUGGUAAGCAUCGAGAUCAAGUAGCUACUUUGUUGAGGGAAAAAGAAGUUUUCGUCCAUUCACCCCCUCCCAUAUGGCAAAUGAUUUACCUUAUGUGGAGUGCACCCAUAACAAAAUUUUGGACAUUCCAGUCACUUUAUAUAGUAUACCUGGGAUUUUUCUGUAUGGCUGUUUUAUGGCCAUCUUGUGGAAAUAAAGAGCUAGACAUCAUAGUGUGUUCUUGGACUUCUCUGAUUGUAAUUGAAUAUAUAAGACGGACUUAUAUAUUGUAUAAAAAAUAUACAAGUGUGCCUCUGUUUUUUAAAUGCUUGGAAAUCCUCUUCAUCAUAAUUUUCAUUGUUUUGUAUUUUCUGGGAAGGAUUAUAAAUGUUGGUGGCUUAUUUGAACCAUAUACUGGAAAAGUAAUUUUGUGCAUUGGAUUACUAUAUUUUUUCUACCGCCUGAUUGCCGUAUAUUUACCUAUUUCACCAACUUUGGGUCCACUUUUGUACCGAGUAAGACUUAUGGUGUUGGUUGAUUUUGUUAACUUUAUGCGAAUGACUUUAUUAGUCAUAAUUAGUGGUGGAAUUGUUAUUCAAGCCGUCCUCUAUCCUGAUUAUCCUCUUACUGCUGAGCUUUUCAGAAGAACAUUCCACAGGGCUUGGUUUUCUCUCUUUCUGACUCCCAUCAGCGAUUUAGAAGGUAGUGAAAGGUGCAAUGCUACAAGAUCUCAUAUGACUCCUGAUCACUGUGUUGUUGGCAAAUAUGCUGAUUAUACUUGUCCAAAUACUGGAUUUUGGCCUUAUGUUUUCUCCAUUCAAUAUUUUAUUUUCCUUAAGCUUAUAUUAUUGACUUUGCUAUAUGCCUUAUUCAGUGCUACUGCUUCGAAGUUGCAAUCAGAAACAGAUGCAAUUUGGAAAUUUCAGCGGUAUCAACUUGUAGUAGACUUUUCUAAUCGUCUUCGUUUGCCCCCACCUCUUAGUAUAUUUAGCUAUUUAAUUAUUUUCUGCAAGUGGUUCUAUCGGUGUCUUCUUUGCAGAAUUUGCAAAACAAGUGAUGAAACAGAUGCUGGUGUGUUUUUUGAUGCUUUAAAAGGACAUCGUUUAACAGAGAAAGAUUAUAAUUAUUGGCGUCAGCUUGCCCAAGAAUAUGCUAAAAAGAAAGAGGAUGAGGAGAAUGAGAAGCAAAUAACUAAAAAACAAAUGGAAAUUAUAAUGACAAUUACUGAAGAUGUUGAUUAUCAGAAGAAAGUCAUGCAUCAGUUGAAAAGCCGUAUGAAAGAACUAGAUCGUAUGAUGAAUUACUCUCAUGUGUAUUUAGAAAAUAUUAAGCAUAUCACUGAGAAAAUUAAUGAAAGAGGCUUACAAAGCCAAGAAGCUAUACAUUGUCUAUCUCGACACACACCUUAUCCUGGAACAAGAGUACAACGCUAUCCAGUUCCUGACAAAUAUGUUCCAUGGGAAGUUAUGUGGACUGAUUAUGACCCAGUUGCGUACACUCGACCUAGAAGUGAUUUUCCUGUUUCACUUCAAGCUUAUGUGGAUGAAGAUCUUUUGCUGCUUCGAGAAAUUCAAGAUUCAGAUGAUAGUCAGCUGCCAGUCUUUCAGUGGAACUGCCUUUCUGCCAAUCCAGCUGGGAUCAGUAUUGAUAGAACAUCUUGGAUAAUAGGAGAAAAUGGAGUAAAUGCAGUUUAUAAACUAGACAGCGAAAGAGUGCCUAGGAAUAUCUAUGGAAGAACAGGGUUGAGAGGUCGUGGUGCCUUGCCUCGCUGGGGUCCUAAUCAUUAUGUCCAUGUUAUAAUAACCAGGUGGCAAAAAUCUGGAGGAAAAGGUCUUGAAUUUGUUGUUAUGCGAGGAGAAAGAAGAGAUCAGUUAUCAUUGCCAGGUGGUUUUGUUCCGGGUGAGCAAAAAUAUGAUGUUGUUCGUGUGUUAUUCAAAUCCAAGGAGUUAGCUCCAAGUUCUUGGAAUACUCAAGAAAAUAUGAUAGAUUUUUUUAGAAAUUGUUGUGAAGUUCUUCAGGAAGAGGAAACCCCUGCUGAAGUCAAAUGUGAAAUGAUUAAAAGAGGUUAUAUGGAUGAUCUUUGGAAUACUGAUCAAGCAUGGAGAGAAGUAGAAUUAUGGCAUAUACACUACUCAGGAAAUGAAACAUUAGUCCAAUGUUUUCAGGCUGUACUUACUUGGAGACUUAUAACAGAGGAUGUGUUUAUAAAAUUGCCUUCAGGACAAGCAAUGCUGCUUCAAGAAAUUACUCAGAAACUUCAACCAAUUAUUUUUUGAAUGAAAACUGUAUCUCUAUUGAUAUUGUAUUUUUGCUAUCUUAAGUUGUUUUUACUUAGUGUUUAAGAAUUGUUUAUGCAAAUUUUAGGAAGGGAAGUAUAUUAACCAAAUUAUGAUUAAGAGGAUUUACAUUACCUUUAAUUCUAUUCUACUGUGAAGUUGUUAUAGAUUUUCCUGAAUGAAUCUUUGUUUUAAAUUUUUUUUUUGUAAAUUACAUUGCAUGUGUGUCAUGUUCAUCUUUAAAAGGUAAAAAGCUGUUUUUAGAAAUAUUCGCUUCAUGAACAUAAUCAUCAUAAUAAUGUUACUGAGAUUUAUUUAUGUAUAUAUCUUUCAUGUUUAAGUCAUUGUAUGAAAGUGAAAUAUUUGUAAUCUAUUUUAUAUUGUAAAAUAAAAUAGCCAAUAAGUGCUAUUUUUGCUAGAUGUAUAAUUUUAAUGACUCUUGCAGCUGCAUCCAAUAAAUGUAGCGUAGCAAUGCUGUAAAUAAGUUAUAAUAAAAUGAAACUUUUUUGGUGUUAUAAAUUAUUACUGAUGAGCUGUGAUUCUAUUAUUCAUUUGUAAAUAUGUAAAAAUGUCCAUAUUAUUUAUAAAAUGUAAGGGAAAGAAAUUUUUCUUUGUGAUAACCAUUUAUAGAAUCAAAAAUGCUAAUUUACAUAUGCUUGUGCUUGUAUUUAUAUGUGCUUCUUAUCUGUUUUUAUUUUAAUGUAUGAUUAAAUAUAUUUUUAAUUGCAGUGCUGUUGUCAUUGUGAGCUAAUUGGGAUAUGCAUUGUUACAAUAAAAGUUCAAAAAAGUUUUCCUUUUUGAGUACUAAAAUGAAACUAGGAGACAAAUAGACUCUAAAUGCUUUAAUUAUAUUAAAUAAUAUUUUCAUAAAAUGUAUAAUAAGUUUUAUCUCUACUUCAUAUUAAUUUUUAUGUAAUAUUUUUAAGUGUUAAAAUAUAUUUAUAAAAUUUUUAUUUAUUUUGUAUACAUUACAUAAUUUUUUACAGUACCUAAAAUCCUAAAUCUGCUAAAAUCAUGAUUGCUAUGUUAAUUUUAAAGUAACUGUGCUCUUAUUUUAGUAAAUAAAUAUGUUUUGUGUAAACGGUUCCCCUUUGCCCAUUCCAUACAUUUUGAUAAAUUUAAACUGCCUUUGAUACAUAGGAACUUCAUAAGGCAGCUGAUUUUACCUCCCACUACACAUGUAAUUAAUAUAUAUGUUUUCAGUGCUAUGAUUAAUUAUUAUAUCCAAGGCUAAUGCAAGAAAAUGGUAACCUUUUGAGUCAGGCAAUAAAUCAGAAACUGUUAGAAAUAGAGUUAAAUACUGUUAGAGCUUAUGUAUUUGCUCUCAAAAAGCACUACUGGAGAAUUUUAGGUUUUUUACCUCUGUAAUUAUAUAGCAAUAGGGAAAAUAUUCUAAUUUAAAUAAAAUGUAUUUUAAUUAGAAAAAACUGUCAUUAAUAUCAUUGGUUAAUUUCUUAAUUAUUGGGCAAAAAUUAUUUUAAAACAUUCAUCUCACUAGGGACUGCCAAAUGUCUGCAAAAUAAUAGAUUCAGUCCACAUGUUGGUUAAGAUAUUUCAGUCAAAUCAAUUCAGUUUGUGUUAUAAUAAAGCAGUAUAAUAUGAGACAAGUAAUUUUAUAGGGGUUCAAAUUUGGUGUCCAUAAUGUGUCCAGACCAGUUGCCAGUGUUAUCAGAACAUUAAAUAUUACUUCAAUAAAACUAACUGCAGAUAGUUUUCAAAGUUCUGCAGAAAUUGUUUUUCUGUUUGUAUAGUUCAAGCAAAAAUGAACAUGUAUGGUAUGCGAACUUAGUGCUAAACUUGUCCCCAGCUACAGUUUGCUGACAGCUAGGGGGAAGAUUAAAAACUACAUAACUGGGUUCCACAUAGACUUGCUGAAUAGCAGGCAGGCACACAUUUAGGAAUAUUGUGCUGCUUUCCAGAAAUUAGAGUUUAGUGUUAUCUUUAUGUAUCAUUUUUAUAUUAUUCAUGAAAAAUGGAUGUUUUAUAAUAACAGAAAAUGAAUUACAGUGGCUAAAUAAUGCGGAGCUAAACCAAAUGUACAAAUCCUAUGUGCAUCCAUUAAAGUUUCUGAUCUUGUGGGUUGCCGACAGCUGUUAGCAAUCUUAGACCAGUGGAAUUCCACCUAUGCCAUUUUGCCUCUGAAAAUGCAUUGUACAUGAUACAUUGUUACUGAAGCUAUUUUUCCAAAUAAAAUAUAUUUCUUUGUUUGUUA